CAACAUGUGUUCAUCCGCAAAGCUCGACUUCGUCGGCAAGACAAGAUAUUCGGUAGCAAGUCGAAUUCAACAUAAUGCAAAUACUCAAAUGAACAUAUUUUUUUUUACAAGAGAGCUUUCCAUCCUGGUGUUUGAUAGAUACAACCGAGAAAUAUCGAUGCAAUCCUCGGACAGUUCUACGAGUCACGAGCUGAAGCAAAAUAUAGUUUUCAUGAGGAUCAUGUGAAAUCUGAAGCGGCAUAUCGAUUGAAAUUGAAAAAAACAAAACAGAACCGAGGAUUCAAUGUGGC